AUGAUGCCCGGCAGCAACAACGCGUAUGACGUGGGAGCGUCUUCGAACGCUUGGAAGAACGUAUACGCCGGUUCCGCCACCCUAUCUGGAUCAGUGGCUGCAAACGGCGCCACCAACAACGCCUUCGACGUCGGAUCCUCCUCAAACGCCUGGAAGAACCUUUACGCCGCCACCGCCACGCUCUCUGGACCUCUGUCGGCCAACGGCGCCACUUUGAGCGCCCCGCUCGCCCUCGGCUCCAACGCAAUUUCCACUACCGGCUCUAUCUCCUCCAGCAGCAACAGAGUCGCCACUCUGUAUUCUGGGACGGUGGAUUCCGGGACCCUCAAGGCCAACUCCAAUCUCACCCUUGCGGUCGGCUCCACCACGAGCAUCUCUACCGAUAUGAUGCCCGGCAGCAACAACGCGUACGACAUGGGAGCGUCUUCGAACGCUUGGAAGAACGUAUACGCCGGUUCCGCCACCCUAUCAGGAUCACUGGCUGCAAACGGCGCCACGUUGAGCGGACCGCUCGCCCUCGGAUCCAAUAGCAUCUCCACCACGGGCACCAUUGCCUCCUCGAGCAACAGGGCCACGGCGCUGUACUCGGGGACGGUCGAUUCGGGAACGCUCAGGGCCAACUCCAACCUCACCCUCGGCGCCGGCUCCACGACCAGCCUCUCCGCGGACGUCCUGCCGGGAAGCAACAACGCAUACGACCUGGGCUCUUCGACCGGUGCCUGGAAGAGCCUCUACGCCGGCUCCGCCACCCUCUCGGGGUCUCUCUCUGCCAGUGGCGCCUCGUUGUCGGCACCUCUCAGCAUGGGAGGCAAUGCGGUAUACACCACAGGUACCGUCAGCAGCAGCAGCAACCGGGCGUCCGUCGUCUACUCUACAUCCGUUGAUGCGGGCUCUCUGACGGUCAAUAGCAACGCUUCGAUCGCCGGCGCGUUGACGUGCUACUCCCUGAACACCCAGAACAGCAACCUCAACGCCGGUUCGGGGAGCAUCUCGGGGGGGGCCAUCAGCGGAACCUCGGCGAGCCUCUCCGGUCAGCUCACGUGCAAGGCAGUAGACACCCAAGGCUGCAACAUCAGCGCGGGGGCCAUAAACGGCGGGGCCUUCGUCGGCACCAGCAUGAGUGUGGGCACGGGCUCGGUGAGCGGGGGUGCGGGCAGCUUCAGCGGGGACGUGACGGUCUCCGGCAAGCUGCUGGUCGGAGGUUCGAUCGACUACAUCAGCACGAGCGAGCUCUUGGUCGCAGACAAACACGUCACGUUGGCGGCCACGUCUAAUCCGACCGACGCCACCGCUUCUGGGGCCGGACUCUACGUGCAGGGCUCAAACUACGCCGCUUCCAACGCUACCCUAUCGUUCACGUGGAACCAAGGCUGCAACGGUAACUACUGGCUGCCGAAGGGAGGCAACUUGGCACUCCCGGGUACAGCGGGGUCCAAGAUGGUCACGCUGAGCACCACCUCGAACGGAGCCCUCCAGUUGCUAUCCGACGACGGCACCUCGGCGACGAGCACGGCUCUCGUGGGCGUGUCUCUCAUCGCCUCCGGAUCCAAUCUGGAUCUGGGGAGCACCUCCAAUGCCUGGAGCACGCUCUACGCAUCCAACGUCGGCACGAGCGCGAAACGGGUCGCCACGAUCUACGCAUCAUCCGUCGACGCGGGGGCAGGGGCUUUCGGCAGCAACGUCGGCGUGACUGGGAGCCUCGUAGCCGCGAACGGCCUCACCUCUUCCAACGGCCUCACCGUCAGCUCGGGGACCCUGACGCUGCCCGCAAGCUCCGUCGUCAACGCGGCCAUCACGUCCGGCCUCGACGCGACCAAGAUCACCACGGGCACAUUCGGAGUGGGUGCUUUCGGAGGAUGUAAUAUCUCGACGACGGGGACUCUCGGGGCGGGGCCAUCCACCCUGAGCACCGUCUCGUGCACCACGCUCACCACAAACAACAGCAACCUGACGGUGGGCACGGUGUCCCUUCCCGCGAGCUCCGUCGUCAACGCCGCCAUCGCGUCCGGCCUCGACGCCACCAAGAUCACGACGGGCACAUUCGGAGUGGGCGCCUUCGGGGCAUGCAACAUCUCGACUACGGGCACGCUCGGGGCGGGCGCCUCUACCCUCGGCACGCUGUCCUGCACGACCAUCACCACGAACAAUAGCAAUCUGACAUUGGGAUCGGGCGGAGUCACCAGCGGGCAGCUCAACCCCACGACCACCGCCACCUACGAUCUGGGAGCGAGCGGGACGGCAUGGAAAAAUGCUUACCUGUCCGGAACCGUGUCGGCGGCGGGCGGGCUGAGCACGUCCAACGGCCUGGUGGUCGCUGGGGAGUCGAUCAGGUCGUACACCACGAGCUUCGACUCGACCACGUCCAACGCGUGCCGAGACAUCGCACAGUACGUCGGGUCGGUGGGGUCCGCGACAUUCGUAAUAUCGGUGGUGCAGUCGGCGAGUUCCCAGACGAACACGACUGAGUAUUCCUUCGCGGCCGGCUACAACAUGACGAGCGGGGCGUGGCAGCGCUGCAUGCCGCGGAGUGCGUACAACGGAAACGCGGACGCGUGCGAGCUUCAGAUAUGGUCUUCGGUCUACACGAUCAAGUUUCGCCUAGUGCACUCCGGAGUGAGCCAACCGGCGACCCCCACCGUCACCAUCCACGCGUUCUACAAUCAGAGCGACGUGCCGACGAUCACGAGCCUGACGGCGAACGCGCAAUAUACGGAUGCAAGCUGGGCGACCUACGCGUACGCAACGUCUACGGUCCUGACGCAGACCGGUGGAAAGGUCGGUGUGGGCACGGCGGCCCCUUCAGCAAAAUUCCACGUCUCCAACGGCUCCGCCCAGUUCGACAGCAACGUCACGGUCACCAGCGCGCUCAGCACCAGCAACUUCACCGCCACCGGAACGGUGUCCCUGCCUACGAGCUGCGUGACGAACGCUAACAUCUCGAGCGUCGACGCGUCGAAGAUCACAUCGGGCACAUUCGGAGCGGGCGCCUUCGGGGCAUGCAACAUCUCGACGACCGGGACCCUCGGGGCGGGCUCGUCCACUCUGGGAACCCUCUCGUGCACGACCGUCACCAGCGGCCAACACAAUCCCACCACCGCCGCCACGUACGAUCUGGGCGCGUCCGCAACCGCAUGGAGGAGCGCCUAUCUAUCGAGCAAUCUGACUGCGGGUGGCUCCAUAACCGCGUCCAACGGCCUCACGGUGUCCUCGGGAUCCGUAUCCCUUCCGGCUGGGUCAGUCGGCAAUGCCGCCCUCGCAUCCGGCCUGAAUGCCACCAAGAUCACCACGGGCACGUUCGGAGUGGGUGAUUUCGGGGGAUGCAAUAUUUCGACGACGGGGACCCUCAAUGCGGGCUAUUCGACAUUGGGUGAUAUUUCGUGUGGUAGCCUGUCCCUCUCGGGCACGACGUUGAUCGACGCUUCGCUCUCGGCGUACAAUUCCGGGCACGACAUCGGCAAAGCCCAAGACAUGUCCUCGGUGUUCACCCCAGAUUCCUCGGACAUGACCUGGAACGACGUACACAUCACGGGCGGCGUCAAUAUCUACGCCUCUGACCCCGGGUAUUUCCUAUCACUCGACUACCUCAACAACGACACCUACGGCUUCGGGCAAUGGAGCGGGGGUACCGCCAGGGCUGUGUUCUCGGGUUCCAACGCCAACGCGACUUUCAACAUCUCCAAGCCGACCGGCGCAUCGACCUUCGACGACAUGGUCACGGUGACCAGCAGCGGCAACAUGGGGCUGGGGGUGUCGCCCUCCACGACCUACAAACUCGACGUAGCAGGCAGGAUGCAUGCGACCAGCGGGGCUCAAUUCGACAGCAACGUGACCGUCUCCGGGACCUUAUCCGCCACGACGUACUCGGGUCUACAGAGGAAGGUGUGGAACGCUUCCACGCUCGGCUUCGCGAACACGACGAACACCGUCAAGUACCACAAGAUAGCAACGUUCGGGGGCACGAACGCCGGCAACACCGCGGGAUCCGUCUACAUAACGGGAACCAUGGGCGGAUACAUAAGCAAUCAGACGACGAAAGUCGAGAUCGACAUAGCCAACAGAGGCGGUAUCACGAUCACCGGAUCGGCGUUCGGAUAUCCGAGUACGACCUCGACCAUCACCGACCUCGUCCUUUACUGGGAAGGGAGCAGCCUCGCCACGUCUCCGUGGUCGCUCUACAUAGUCAGCAAGGGGCAAUCCCAGUGCCGGUUGGGCGAGUGCGGGGACU